CUUCUACGGUGUGUGCUGGGUUCUUGAGCUGAGGGUGGUCAUCCCACACCAUCUCUCUCCAUAAUGACAAAACAAUAAAGAGAAUCCUCACAGCUUGUGGACAGAACUGAUUGCCGAAGUGAAAUUUGGAAUUAUUUUGUGUUGCUGACAGUCAUGGCAAGCCCACGAACAUCACAAAGACUGUAUACCGUGACAGCCCGUGUGCAAAACCCAUCCAACUGUGCCGUGCUUGAAACUUGGAGGAAGAAUGUAAAAUAAACUUAGUGUCUGUGUGUAUGGAUGGAGUAUCAGUCACAUCCCCAAACUUUACCUGAGUCGAGUGCGGUGACAGCGGGCCUAACGACGGAGGAUUGCGCUGCGGAGCUAUAAGCAAAAAUUAUCCUCGAGAAUGAUUGGAAAAAAUAUAUAGGAUAAAAGCACAGUAGAGGGCAGUAAUGCAACAAAAAGUACGCCAGCUGCCCUAAAACACCAAAGAAGAAGAAGUAGACUACGAAGAAGAAGAAGACAUAGAUGAUUGUUUUAAAUAGUUUGAAAGUUAUAAGUUGAUGUGGAGAAUCUGCAUGUGAAGCCAGCUUUUACGGUUUCCUAAUUCAAAACAAGUUCGUUGAUGCUCUAGUACUUCAGAAGAUUUAAUUGUGCAUUUCCUAUGUCGACAUUCCAUCAAACACCUGUGGUUAGCAGCACCCCUCUCCCUCUGCCUACCCACUUCUCUCAUGCUCAGCAUUCUUUUACUGUUAAGAAAAGGAAACCUCCCUUUUCUUUCUCAUCAUAUUCCUCUCAGUCUCCUUCCCCACCAUUAUAUCAUAGUUUACCACCACGGCCUCCAUCUAAAGGAUGCACCCCACUCAGUCGAGUGUUCCCUCAUCGCUCCAUUCAGUGGACACCGCUGUCACGCUCGCUUAUAGAAUCACCCCCUCCUCUCUCUGUGUAUGACCCUUCUCAACCGCAGUCCUUUUUCAGCCAGUGCUUUACCAACCUGGGCUUGAUUGGACGUGGUUCCUUUGGAGAGGUUUUUAAGGUGGUGAGUCUUAUAGACAAUUGUCAGUAUGCUGUGAAGCGUUCUGUUCAUCGUUUUCGUAGUGAGGUUGAACGAGCAAAGAGCAUCUCAGAGGCUUGGAAUCAUGAGGAACUACACCCACACCCAUACAUUCUGGGUUUUAUUGCGGCUUGGGAGGAGGCUGGCCAUCUCUACAUACAGACUGAACUCUGUUGUACCAGUCUACUGCUAUAUGCUGAGGAAACACCAUGUCACACUGGUGAGAUGAGAGCUUGGACAUACCUGUGCGAUAUGCUGUCAGCACUAAUUCACUUACAUGACUGUGGGUUUGCUCAUCUGGACAUUAAACCCGCAAACUUUUUCAUCACAAAGUCUGGACGGCUCAAACUGGGAGACUUUGGCUUGUUGAUCAAGCUUUCUGCAAAUGUUCAAAAACAAGUAACAGAGGGAAAGAGAGAAAUGAAAAGAGAGAGAGAUGAUUUACAGGAAGGAGACCCAAGAUAUAUGGCCCCCGAGCUAUUGAGAGGAGACUAUGGGACAGCUGCGGACAUCUUUAGUUUGGGUAUUUCUAUCCUGGAGUUGGCCUGUAACAUUGAGGUCCCUAAAGGAGGAGAUGACUGGCAGCUGCUCCGAAACGGGCACUUACCAGAAGAAUUCACUAAUGUGCUUUCUGAAGACAUGCUGUAUAUACUACGACUUAUGCUAACUCCAGAACCCUUCAACAGAGCCACUGCACAGCAGCUGGUCUCUCUGCCCUUUGUACGCAAACACAAGUGGAAACGGCAUCUUUACCUUUGCAUCAUUGAGAGCUUCCUGACCUUAUUCCAGUGGAGUCAGUCCUUUUUUUAUGGUAGUUGGAGUUUUAUAUCCUCUCUCAGGCUGCUGUUUGAGACCCCUGUCUCUGAGUCGUCCUUAUCAACCAGUACUCCUCCAAGAGAGAGAUGGGAGAGAGAUGCAGACAUAAGCAACAUUCACUCAUAUUCAGAAAGCCCCAUUCAUCACUGUGUGUUCCCUCCAGAUGUCUAUGAACACUCACCAACCUACACCCACAGAGUCCAGGCAAGGCUAUCUUCUGGGAGUACCUCUACUCUACUUCCUGAAUCAGACAUUGAUGUCAUAGAUGCAUCAUCACACAACCAGUGCAUACCCUCUCCCUCCAGAAUCCAUUACAGCAGCAGCAGCUUGAUUCAUAACAGACUCACAGGCACAAUGUGUAGCCAUGAAAGAAACAGGAUUUCCACUGAACUGUCUAAAAGAAACUUUGAGCCAAAGAACUUGCUCAGUCUCUUUGACGAGACCACCCAAGAUGGUGAUCACUGAGGUUUCAUUGAAUGCAAUGCUUUUAUCAGUUAUAUGAUUUAUGUAUUAUUUCACAUUUGAUUACUAUCUUAGUUGCUGAUAGAAAACCAUUUCAAUUCAAUGUAGAUGUUUAAACCUGGUUUGAUUAUUGUUUUGUAAGUGUUGCUUUUGGUUGGUGUAAGUUUGCCAAUACCUUCAAAGAUCUAAGAUAUAAAUCAUUAAGAGAGAAUAUAUAUUGUUUAUGUCAUUGUCACCCCCCAGAGACCACAUCACAUUAUUGACAGUAACACAACUAGUGACAGUUCAAGUGAAAACUGCUGAAUGACUUUUGUAAUUAAAAAAAGAUCGAACAUGACAAACUGCAAAAGCCUGUAAAAGAAAUAAAAGUUUGGAAAGUUGUCUUUUAUUAAACUGUUGGUUGUUUCAGUGGAAAUCAUUUGCUUUCCAUUAAAAUGCAUGGGAUCAUUA